GUCUCAUCCUAUCUGAUCAUGCAAAGCCUUGAGGAGGUUGAACUCUGCUUUCCUCAGCUCAUCAACUUCUCCUGCAGGAGGAUCCUACGUCCUCAUUCGACAUCCAUGCUCAUAUACUUUUCACUGUCUUCUUUGUCUUGGCUCACAGUGACUCUUAACUUACUGGUCAUCAUCUCCAUCGCCCAUUUUAAGCAGCUUCACACACCCACCAACAUCCUCCUCCUCUCCUUGGCGGUUUCAGAUUUCUUUGUAGGCUUCCUAAUCAUCUUUCAGAUUCUCCUUAUUGAUGGCUGCUGGUAUCUUGGUGACCUUAUGUGUAUUAUUUAUUACAUCAUUGAUUAUAUUAUUACAUCUGCAUCAGUAGAGAACAUGGUGCUUAUAUCAGUUGACUGUUAUGUCGCUGUUUGCAACCCUUUUCAGUACCCCACAACAGUCACUCAAAAAAGAGUGUGUGUUUGCGUUUCAUUAUGUUGGAUGUUUUCUACCGUCUGUGUCUUUAUAGUCUUCAAAGGGAAUCUGGAACAACCAGGCAGAUUCAAUUCAUGCUAUGGAGAGUGUGUAGCUGUGUUUGAUCAAGUUGCUGGCUUAAUAGAUAUUUUGUUUUUUUUCAUUGGUCCUGUCACUGUCAUCAUUAUUCUGUAUGUGAGAGUAUUUGUGGUGGCUGUGUCUCAGGCUCGUGCCAUGCGCUCUCAUGUUACAGCCAUUUCUCUCCAGAGUACAGUGAAAGUUAACCUUAAGAAAUCUGAGCUGAAAUCAGCAAGGACUCUUGGGGUUGUUGCAUGUACAUUUUUAAUAUGCAUCUGUCCAUAUUUUUUUCUCUCACUAACAAGUGAGGGCACUGAACUAAAUGUUUUAUCAUUUGCCUUUUUUCUGUUUUAUCUAAACUCCUGUCUAAAUCCAAUAAUUUAUAUAAUAUUUUAUCCCUGGUUUAGGAAAUCUAUCAGACUAAUUUUUACCCUGCAGAUACUGAAGCCUGGCUCCUCUGAGUCCAACUUAGUGUAGAAAGCAAGGUGUCUGUGAUGAAAUCUGGAUGUAUUCUGUUUAUUUGACGCGUCACUCUAAUUUUCAUUUUGAUCUGUUUUAACUUAUUUUUCAACUGCUUUUCUGAACUAAAUGCAUGAUAAUUAACUGAUGUUGCAACUUCAACUAAUAGCAAAUAAAUAAAAAAUGUUUCAAUAUUACAAAUAUUUCCUUUAAAAGACUUGGUGCAGGGAUUUAAAUAUGGUGUAACAUGUUUUAUGAAUAGAAUGCUAUGAGAGAAUGAUAUUUUUACCAUUAUAAUCAUUUUUGUUUCAAUGAGGACACAGUGAUUGUUAUCUGUACUGACCUUUUUAUUUCCACACAUGUAUGAAAUAGUAUUGUUGUUAAUGUGAUUAGAAGGCAAGCCCAUGGCACUUUUGGAUGAAAAAUACUUUACAAUGUUUUACUAUUUUCCAACAUAAGGUAGAAUCUUCCAUAAGUACACUUUUCCCAGUGUACUUAUGUUCAGUAGGUAUUUUCAAACAGGGCAAUGACCCAGAAGAACCAACCAAACCUGUUAAAGAAAUGUAGUAAUAAUACUAACAUGGUUUGAAAAAUUGCAGCAUGAUGUCAAGUUCCUGAAGCAACAAAGCAGUUCCAGACCACAAUUACCACAAAAACUAAAACUGCUUUCUGUCACGUUUCGAGAAUAUUCACCCAAAGUUCUUAAAGACCCUUUCAGAUAUUUUAUGCAAGAUGUCAGACAGCCUUUUUUUUAUUACUAACAUGGUAGUAGCAGUUUUGGCCUUAAACUUCCCAUGGUUACAUUUCUGACCAGUACUUCUGAUGUUAUUGAAUUAAGAAAAUGUCCCUUGAAUGGAAGUGAGGACUGCUCUGGUUCAGCUGUUGU